AUGGCCACAAUCCCUCUCGGCACCUUCCUCUUCCAGCGCAUCCACCAGCUGGGGAUCGACAACAUCGUCGGCUGCCCCGGUGACUUCAACAUGACCCUCCUCGACCACAUCUUCAACGUCGAGGGCCUCAACUGGAUUGGCUUCUGCAACGAGCUCAACGCCGCCUACGCCGCCGACGGCUACGGCCGCACCCGCCACGGUCUCCCCGGCGUCGUCGUCACCACCUACGGCGUCGGCGAGCUCUCUGCGAUCAACGGCGUCGGCGGCGCAUUUGCCGAGCACGUCCCGCUCUUGCACAUCGUCGGCACGCCUGCGCGUCCGGAGAUGGAGUAUAAGAUGUGGAUGCACCACACCAUCCCGUCGUCGGCGGACUUUGAUAAUCCGGAUCACCAUGCGUACAUGCGCAUGAGCGCCCCCGUCAGGUGCUGCUCGGCUUUGCUGGAUAAUGUCGAUACCCUGGCCUCUGAGAUCGACCGCGUGCUCGAGACUAUCUACCACCGAUCUCUGCCGGGCUAUAUCUUUGUUCCUCUUGACAUCGUCAUGGCGCCGGUGCCAGUCUCCAAACUCGAGACCCCCGUCCGCCUCGCGGUCACGAACCCCGACCCCGAAGCCGACGACAUGCUCGCGAUCAAGAUCCUCGACGCAAUCUACGCGAGCAAGAAGCCCGUCAUCCUGGCCGACAUUCUCGCGCGCCGGCACAUGUCGCGCAAACUCGUCAUGGAGCUCGUCAACCAGACAAAGUUCCCUUCGUUCUCGACCGAUCUCGCAAAGGGGUUCGUGGACGAGGAUUCUCCGUAUUUCGCCGGACAGUACAACGGCCGGCUGUCGCUGCCUGGUGUGGCAGAGGCGGUCGAGGACUCUGAUCUUGUGCUCAACAUCGGGCCGAUCAUUUCCGAUUCAAACACGGGUGGCUUCACGCGGUUCAUUGACGAUAAGCAUCUCAUCAUCCUCCACCCCGCGUACGUCAAGGUCUUUGACGAGCGCUACGACGACGUGCACUUUCUUCCUGUGCUGGAGAAACUGAUGAAGCGACUCGAUCCCUCGAAACUUCCCGCCGCGCGCUCAGUCGAGUCCUUAAACAUCGGCGAGCCCGUGGAGGUCAAGUCCGCCGCCGACAUCUCGACCUCUUAUUUCUACCGCUACAUCAUGUCCAACUUCAUCAAACCCUACGACAACGUCUUUGCCGAGUCCGGCACGGCGCAGUACGGCAUCAACGACAGCAAGUUCCCGCACAGCGUCAACUUCACCACGCAGCUGUACUAUUCCUCCAUCGGCUUCGCGCUCCCCGCCGCGCUCGGCGCAUGCAUCGCGCAGCGCGAGAUCGAGCAGCAAAACCUGGGACCGAAAGGCCGCGUCGUGUUGUUUGAAGGCGACGGAAGCUCGAUGAUGACGAUCCAGGAGCUGGCGACGAUAACCCGCAACGGCUUCUGUCCUACGAUCUUUUUGAUCAAUAACUCCGGCUACACGAUCGAGCGCGCGAUCCACGGCCCGCACGCGCGAUACAACGACAUCUGUCCGGACUGGAAAUACCUCGAGUUGUUCAAGACCUUUGGCGCGCCCGAGGACAGCUACUACUGCAAGAAAGUGAGUACGCGGGCGGAGCUCGAGAGCUUGAUUGAGAGCGAGGAGUUCAAGGCUUGUGAUGGUAAGAAGGCGCGGCUGAUUGAGGUCGUGAUGGAUAAACUUGAUAUUCCGUGGCGGCUGUCGGCGCAGGUGAAGCAGAUGAGCGAGCAUACGAAGAAGUGGUUUUACGACUAUAGCAAAAAGAUGGGCGAGGAGCCGCGGGAGAUUUAA